GUCUCGCCGGGUGCGGACGGCGGAUAUGUGCAGCGCCUACAGGUGUGUCUCUCCCUCGCCGCUCCUCUGGCUCCCCGGCGCAGGCAGCAGGAGCGCGUAGGUGGAGGCGGAGGCUCAAGCUCAUCAUGUGAUGAUUAAUUGGGCUCUGGGUGGUUCCUUUCGCUCUCUCUCCUUCUCCCCGGCGGCUCCUCGGGAAAUGGGCAGCGAGUUAGCUGUUGCCGCUGCGCGCUGGCUCGGGGGGUUGUUUGGCUGAGCCGCUGUGAGAUGGGAGGAGCCGGAGCCACGGCAGCCUGAGCUGGGAUCGGCGGCCGAGCAGCAGGGGGCAAAGGCGCUGCCCAGCCCUGCUCUCCAACUUGGGUAGGCUGAUCACAAGGCCAAGGCUUGGUUCCAGGGCUGCUUGUGGCUUAUCGGCAUUCAGCUGAAAAACCUUUCUAAAAGGCCAGAUACUUACACCAUCCCAUCUCCUUCCUUAUUCCCAGCUGGAGCAUAUUAUCAUAUUCUACGCAGUGCUGCAGUGUUUAUUUUCAGGUAAAGGUGAAAAAGAAGAUUGAAAACUGUCCUGGAAAAGAACUAAGUGCAGUAAAGAAGAGUUAGUGAAAAAGUGAAUGUAUUACAUAGAAAUGGCUUUAUGGAUCUGGACAUUGAGCAUUUUGAGCUGUUUUUGUGUCAGCUGUGGAUUCAAGGUUAAGAAACUGCAUUUUGAAAGUCCCACAGAGUUAAACCACCUUGCAGUGAAUAAUGAUAUCGGGACUGUCUAUUUAGGAGCAGUGAAUUACCUGCAUCAACUUACAAAAGACCUGAAGAAACAGAUGUCUGUAGAAACGGGUCCAAAAAAGGAUAACAAAAAGUGCACCCCUCCCAUUGAAAGCCAGUGCAGUGAAGCAGCACUGACUAACAAUUCCAACAAGUUACUUUUGCUGGAUCAACUAGAGAGAAAAGUUAUUGUGUGUGGGAGCCUUUUUAAGGGAAUCUGUUCUAUCAGGGAACUGGAAAACAUAAAAAAUGUAACCUAUUAUGUUGAUAGUGGUGGGGAAAAGUCCUUUGUGGCAAGCAACGAUGAGACUGUGUCAACUGUGGGACUAAUCACCUCCUUGGACGAAAAACGACUGCUGUUCGUUGGAAAAGGGAAUGGACCAAAUGAUAAUGGGAUAAUAAUUAGCACUAGGCAGCUUUACAGUGAGGAUGGGAAAGACAUUUUUGAAACCUAUACAGACUCUACAGCUAUUAAGUCAGUAUAUCACUCCUCAAACACACAGCAGUUUGUGGCAGUCUUUGAAUAUGAUCAAUAUGUUUAUUUUAUAUUUAAUCAGCAGGAGAAACAGCCCCUUAGUAACAGAACACUAAUUGCACGUCUGUGCAAACGUGAUGCCCACUACUAUUCUUACUUUGAAAUGAACUUAAGCUGUCAAGAUGUUAAUGACACUUAUGACCACUGUCAUUCUGUCUAUGUCACAACCCCAGGAGAAAAGUUGGCUGAGAGCAUAGCCCAAGAGGGACAGGAGAAUAGUACUGUCCCAUCAGGUGACAAAGUGCUUCUUGCGCUCUUCAGCAAAUUCAACAAAGACAGUGGCUCUCUCAAAUCAGCCCUGUGUAUGUUUUCCUUGAGACACCUCAAUGAAAAAAUGGAAGAAUAUCGGGAAGAAUGCUACACUAAAACUGUGCAAGAUAGGUUUUAUAAACCUUUUUUAGCAGAAGGAUCACAGGCAUGUGGAACACGGCAAGAGGGUGCAAGCAAAAAUUUCCCUUGUGGUUCUGAACACUUACCAUAUCCUUUGGGAAGCACAAAUAACAUUGUUGGGAAGCUGCUGUUACAGAAAAAGGGGAUGAAUCUAACAGCAGUUACUGUGACAGUGGAAAAUGGGCAUACGGUGGCAUUUUUAGGAACUUCAGAUGGUAGAAUUCUUAAGGUGUUCCUGAAUACUCCUACAAAUGAGUACAGCUCUGUUCCCAUAGAAAUAGACAAACCUGUAAAGAAUGACCUUGUCCUUGAUGCUACCCAAGAGAACCUGUAUGUGAUGACCACAACCAAGGUGUUUCGUCUUCCUGUCCAGGAAUGUGCUAGUUACUCAGACUGUAUGCUGUGUACUCAAGCACAGGAUCCUUAUUGUGGCUGGUGUGUAAUAGAGGGGAAGUGCACAAGGAAGAUAGACUGUGAAAGGGCUAAUAUGUCGAACCAUUGGCUGUGGAGUCCAGAUGGUGUAUGCAUGGCUAUUACUAGUGCGCAUCCUCAAAAUAUGAGCCGCAAAGCCCCUGGCAAGGUAGAACUGACUGUAAGUCCGUUGCCAGAGUUAGCUGUAAGUGACAUGCUUUGGUGUCAGUUUGGUGAAACAACCAGUAUUGCAGAGUUGAGAAAUGGGACUAUUGUUUGUGAUCCUCCCACUACAAUUCCUCACACUCCAAAAGGUCAAGAUCAUGUUUCAGUUUCACUAAUAUUAACCUUUGGAGAGGAAAAGAUGUUUUUUGCCUCAGCUACAUAUCCGUUCUAUGACUGUGAAGAAGCAAUGAAUCUUUCUGAAAAUCUGCCAUGCUACUCCUGUGCAAGUAGUAGAUGGAAUUGCCAGUGGGACCGGAAGAAACAUUUCUGUAAAGACUCAUCUUUGGAAGAGGAUGUGAUUAAACAAAAUAUGGUGGAAGCUUGCCCACAGUUUCUAAAUCCCAGCCCUCAAAAUAUACCAAUGGAGUUCCCAACAAUAGUUCAUUUUGAAGGAAAGAAUCUAGAGGAUUAUCAGGGUAGCUCUUUUAAGAUUGGAAAUGACCAGUUUGAAUUUGAGGCUCCUGUUGACACAUCAGAUAAUGGAACUUACUCAUUCCAAAGCAAAGAGUUUUCCUAUGGCGCAAAUGAAACUCUACCACUUAAUCUGUUCAUUAAAACAGAUAAGGUCAAGAUUGACAGUAAACUCAUGGUGACUUUAUACAGCUGCUCUUAUGGCCGAAGUGACUGCAGCUUGUGUCUUGCGGCUGACGAUGACUACGAAUGCGUCUGGUGUGAAGAAGAGGGCAAGCCACACAAAUGCGUUUAUAAGAAUCUAUGUAAAACUUCUACAAACACUUGCCCUCAUCCCGUCAUUACUCGGAUUGAACCAAAGACUGGGCCACUAAGUGGUGGAAUCCUUUUGACCAUAAUGGGAUCUAAUUUGGGUAUAAAAGCUGAAGAUGUCAAAAGUAUAACUGUGGCAGGCACAGAAUGUCUUUUCAAAGAGGACUUCUACUCUGUUUCUACCAGGGUUGUGUGUCAAGUUGGAAGCGUCUCAGAGCCCUCGCAAGGUGAAAUUGAAGUUGAUAUAAAUGGAAAACGAGGUAGCUCAACAAGUGAAGUACAGUUUACAUACCAACAACCUCAUCCUACAGGAAUAACUCCAACAGAAGGCCCCCGAGCUGGUGGGACCAUCCUUACAAUCACUGGGAACAAUCUGGAAACUGGUUCCCAGAAAGACGUUAGAGUUUUCCUCAGUGAUGUGCCCUGCAACAUCACUGAUUUUGGUGAACAAAUAGUUUGCAUGACAGGACAACAUGAGAGUGGUGGAGAAGUUCAGGUAACCGUACAUCACGGAGACACAAAGAACCAAUUAGACAAUCCAAGGUUUACAUACAAGGACAAUCCUACUGUUACUAAAUUCUUUCCAAAAAAUAGCUUCAGCAGUGGAGGGAGAAAUAUUACUGUAACAGGAACUAGGUUUGAUAUCAUCCAGAGUUUCUCCAUAGUUGUAACUGCUGAGCUUCAUGGGCCUUCCAGAAGGAAGAAGAGGCAAAUACGAAGUCUAGACUCCAAAAAGGUGUUUCUAGGAAAAGAUAUUACAAAAAUCAAUGAAAGCACAAUAGUCUUCUCUUCUCCACCAAUAUUAGAGGAUCCAGAAAACUAUAGGAUUACUACACUUAUUAAAAUGGAUGGUUGCAGUUUGAUUCUAAACGCCGAGAACAAUGAUCCCUUUAAAUAUGUUGCGGACCCAACAUUUGAAAACUUCACUGAUGGCAUCAAAAAACAAGUCAACAAACUUAUUCAUGCAAAGGGCAGUAAUCUGAACAAAGCCAUGACGAUAGAGGAGGCUCAAGCUUUUGUGGGGGCAGAACCCUGCAAUAUAAAAACACUGACUGAAAAGGAUUUAUAUUGUGAACCACCAGAAGUACAGCCUCAGCCAAAGAGAAGGCAGAAGAGGGAUACCAUCAAUAACUUGCCUGAAUUCAUUGUGAAAUUUGGCCUCAGAGAAUGGAUCCUAGGAAGGGUGGAAUAUGACACACGUGUGAGUGACAUACCCCUGGAUGUGAUUUUGCCAUCUGUAAUUUUUCCUAUGGUGGCCAUUAUCAUCAUCUCUAUCUACUGUUACAGACGAAAAAGCCAACAAGCAGAACGUGAAUAUGAAAAAAUCAAGUCACAGCUUGAAGGUCUGGAAGAAAGUGUCAGAGAUAGGUGCAAAAAGGAAUUCACAGAUCUAAUGAUAGAGAUGGAAGAUCAGACCAAUGAUGUCAGUGAAGCAGGAAUUCCUGUGCUGGACUAUAAAAUGUACACAGACAGAGUCUUCUUCUUGCACUCAAAAGAUGGAGAGAAAGACGUAAUGAUUACUGGGAAAUUGGAUAUUCCAGAGGCUAGAAAGCAAACUGUGGAGCAGGCUUUAAAUCAGUUCUCCAAUCUACUGAAUAGCAAAUCAUUUCUCAUCAAUUUUAUUCAUACACUGGAGAAGCAGAGGGAGUUCUCUGCCCGAGAAAAAGUUUAUUUUGCAUCCCUAUUGACUGUUGCCUUGCAUGGAAAGCUAGAAUACUAUACUGACAUCAUGAGGACAUUGUUCUUAGAGCUGAUGGAGCAGUAUGUUGUGGCCAAAAACCCAAAGCUGAUGCUCAGAAGAUCAGAAACUGUUGUGGAGAGGAUGUUGUCUAAUUGGAUGGCUAUUUGUUUAUAUCAAUAUCUUAAGGAGAAUGCUGGAGAGCCUCUUUAUAAAUUGUUCAAGGCUAUCAAACAUCAGGUGGAAAAAGGCCCAGUGGAUGCUGUGCUGAUGAAAGCCAAAUAUACAUUGAAUGACACAGGGUUACUGGGAGAUGAUGUAGAGUAUACACAGCUGACAGUAAAUGUGUAUGUACAAGAUGGAGGUACUGAUUCUGUACCUGUGAAAGUGCUGAACUGUGAUACUAUUUCUCAAGUAAAGGAAAAGAUAAUAGACCAAGUCUACCGAAAUCUGCCUUGUUCACAAUGGCCAAAAGCUGACAGCGUUGUUCUUGAGUGGCGUCCAGGUUCUACUGCCCAGAUCCUCUCAGAUUUGGAUUUAACAUCCCAAAGAGAUGGCAGGUGGAAACGUAUGAAUACUCUGAUGCAUUAUAAUGUCCGAGAUGGUGCCACGCUUAUCUUGUCAAAAAUAGGAAUUUCCCAGCAGCCAGAGGAUAAUCAACAAGAUGUCCCAGGGGAAAGGCAUGCGCUAUUGGAAGAUGAAAAUAAGGUCUGGCAUCUAGUUCGGCCAGCAGAUGAAGUUGAUGAAGGCAAAUCGAAAAGAGGGAGCAUGAAAGAAAAAGAACGAACCAAAGCUAUUACAGAAAUCUACCUGACAAGGCUUCUGUCUGUGAAGGGUACACUUCAGCAAUUUGUAGAUAACUUUUUUCACAGUGUACUCAACUCAAAUCAUGUCGUGCCACCAGCUGUGAAAUACUUCUUUGACUUUCUUGAUGAGCAAGCAGAAAAACAUGAGCUCAAGGACGAAGAUACCAUUCACAUCUGGAAAACAAAUAGUUUGCCACUUAGAUUCUGGGUAAACAUAUUGAAAAAUCCCCAUUUUAUCUUUGAUGUUCAUGUUCAUGAAGUAGUGGAUGCUUCCUUGUCAGUCAUUGCACAGACUUUCAUGGAUGCCUGCACAAGAACAGAGCACAAAUUAAGCAGAGAUUCUCCAAGUAACAAAUUACUUUAUGCAAAAGAGAUCUCUAACUAUAAGAAAAUGGUGGAAGAUUACUACAAAGGUAUUCGUCAGAUGGUGCAAGUGAGUGACCAGGACAUGAAUACUCAUUUAGCAGAGAUUUCCAGGGCGCACACAGAUUCUUUAAAUACACUUGUGGCUCUACACCAGCUCUACCAGUAUACUAACAAAUACUACGAUGAGAUCAUAAAUGCACUUGAAGAGGACCCAGCUGCACAAAAAAUGCAGCUUGCCUUCCGUUUACAGCAGAUAGCAGCUGCAUUAGAGAAUAAAGUGACUGACCUUUGAUUAAAAAGCCACAAUAAAGAAAUCUGAUCUGAAGAUGUUUAAAUUCAUUCUUCCUGUUAAGGAAAUAGUGUUCUAUUUUUUAAUGUAUAAUUACAACUUUAAAUGAAAGAUUUCAUGUUUUUGAUAGCAGAGCUGCAAUGUAAAGAAUUUUUACUGUAAAUUAUGCUUCUAAUUAAAAUCUGUAUUGUGUGUAAAUGAAUCAUCUGUGGGGAAAAGCAUCCUUUGAGGUGAGAAUUAUAGUUCAUUUAAUCAAACAGUACAAUCUGAAACAUCAGCAUUUUAGAAUUAUUAUGCAAGUGAAUUCAAUACUAUAGCAUCCUUUAUAUUUUAAGCAAUAUUUGUACUUGGAAAAAUGGUAGCAUAUUUGAAGAAACAGAUGCAAUAUCCCCUCUUAAGUCAAUAACUGGAAAUUAAUUUCCUAAUAGCUCUGAAAUCACUGGCUAUAUUACACUCAUAAUGAACAUAGUAAAUGAUGUCUGCUAUGAUUUUUCUUUAAGAUCUUGGGAUGACCUUUGGUACGAUACACUAUUUCUCAGUAAAUUAACUACUCGUGGCAUGGUAAUGCGUGGUAUCAUACCCACCACACUUCAUUGUGAUGGGAGUAAUAUAGUUCUCUCACCCCUGUGGAAAGGUUCUGAUGAUAACUUCCAAUUUGAUUCAGAAAUCACUGCAAAGGAAAUUAUCCCUUAAAACUUUACAACCUUUUAUUUUUAUUGUGAGUUUUACAAUAUAUGCUAAUGUGCCUUACUUGUGUUAAUUCUGUGAAUCUGAGGAAUGGUUUUGUAAAGAGAAGCAGAUCAGAAAAAAAUAUUUAUGUGCUAUUGAAUGACUCUUUUUGUGAAAAACAUGACCAGCAGAAUGCCUGUAAUUAGCUGCUUGCCAAGAGUGUACUGUUUAACAUGAUUGUUAUGUAUAAUAUCUUUUAUCAGAAUGGUUCUGGUUCUUUUUAUUUGAAUCUUGGAACUGUCUAGAAAAACUACCACUUGUUUUUUUUAUUGUACUUGUGAUGUAAAAUACUAGUAAUGAUACUAGAAAAAUCUUAUAUCCAUGUAGCUAAAUACCACUCAAUCAAGCCUUGGAAUGCUGCAUUUGAUCAAAUAUACAUCAUAACCAAUAGCAGUGAAAAUUAAAAUUACUUGUCAAAAGGUGUAUUUACGAUAUAAGUUCUAUACAAUUUGAAAAGCUAGGUACGUUUUCUUCAAUUGCUGUAUUACACAUCAGAGAACUUUGUUUCAUUCUUGUGUCUCAGUUUUUUGGCAGUUCAAGUAGCAUUUUAAUGUAGUUCUGCCAUGUGCACUAAUUCCCUUUCAUUAUUGCUUUUUUUGCCUGCUGAGCACUUGAAUCCUGCUGAUUCUUGGCAAGAUAAUGCAGUUUCUGCUGCCCUCUCUCUCUUCCCUGUUUUCUGUCCUACAGUGAGUUUAACUUCUGUUGAUUUUUAUCCUUUUUGAAAAUAUCCUCAAACUUGUGAAUUGAAUGGCCUUCCCCUAAUUUUCUAAAAGUCAAAGGUCUCAUCACAGGGUCACUUUCCCAGCCCAAUCCAGUUCUUUAAAAAAAAAAGACUUGUUUGUAUCCAUU